GCGUGGAUGGAUCCGCGCGUGGCCUGGAUCCAGCCCGAGCAGAAGGGCCCGGCCAACGCGCUGUGGAUGCAGAUCUGGGAGACCUCGCAGGGCGUGGGCCGCGGCGGCGCGGGCUUCGCGUCCCUGCUCUGCCUCAACUCGCCGGCGCUGGGCCCCGCGGCGGGCGCGGCCGGGCGCGGGGGCGCGGGCGGGGGCGCGGGCGGCGGCCGCGGGGGCCCCCCCCACGCGCCCCCGCCGCCCGCGCCCGCGCCGGGCCCCGCCGCGCCGCCCCCCGCGGCCGAGGGCGCGCGCCGCCCGCACCCGGCGCCGUCGCCGUCCUCGUCGUCGCCGUCGUCGUCCAACGCCGAGUCGGGCGCCGAGAGCCCCGGCGGCUCGUCCUCGUCGUCCGGCGGCGCCGCGCAGGCCCGGGCGGGCGGCCGCCCCGGCGCCCCCGCCGACGGCGCCCCGGCCCGCGCGCCCGCCGCGUCCCCGCCGCCGCCGCGCUUCCACCCGGGCCGCCGGCGGCGCGAGAACAAGGCGAGCACCUACGGCCUCAACUACCUGCUGUCCGGCAGCCGCGGCGCCGCGCCCGGCGCGGGGGGCGGCCCCGGGCCCCGCGCGCCCUGGCCGGGCACGCCGUGGAAGAGCCGCGCCUACAGCCCGGGCAUCCAGGGGCUCCACGAGGAGAUUAUCGACUUCUACAACUUCAUGUCCCCGCGCCCCGAGGAGGCGGCCAUGCGCAGGGAGGUGGUGGCACGCAUCGAGACUGUGGUCAAGGACCUGUGGCCCACGGCUGAGGUGCAGAUCUUUGGCAGCUUCAGCACAGGCCUCUACCUUCCUACCAGCGACAUCGACUUAGUGGUCUUUGGAAAGUGGGAGCGCCCUCCCCUGCAGCUGCUGGAGCAGGCCCUGCGGAAGCACAAUGUGGCCGAGCCAUGCUCCAUCAAAGUCCUGGACAAAGCGACCGUGCCCAUCAUCAAGCUCACAGACCAGGAGACGGAGGUGAAGGUGGACAUCAGCUUCAACAUGGAGACGGGCGUGCGGGCGGCGGAGCUCAUCAAGAGCUACAUGAAGAAAUACUCCUUGCUGCCGUACUUGAUUUUAGUGCUGAAGCAGUUCCUCCUGCAGCGGGACCUGAACGAAGUUUUCACAGGCGGGAUCAGCUCCUACAGCCUGAUUUUAAUGGCCAUCAGCUUUCUGCAGCUGCACCCAAGAAUCGAUGCCCGGAGAGCAGAUGAAAACCUUGGAAUGCUGCUUGUAGAAUUUUUUGAACUCUAUGGAAGAAAUUUUAAUUACUUAAAGACUGGUAUUAGAAUAAAAGAAGGAGGUGCCUAUAUCGCCAAAGAGGAGAUCAUGAAGGCCAUGACCAGCGGGUACCGGCCGUCCAUGCUGUGCAUCGAGGACCCCCUGCUGCCGGGAAACGACGUUGGCCGCAGCUCCUAUGGGGCCAUGCAGGUGAAGCAGGUUUUCGACUACGCCUACAUCGUCCUCAGCCAUGCCGUGUCGCCUCUGGCCAGGUCCUACCCGAACAGAGACUCUGAAAGCACGCUGGGGAGAAUCAUCAAGGUCACGCAGGAGGUGAUUGACUACCGGCGCUGGAUCAAGGAGAAGUGGGGUGGCAAGACCCCCCCGGGCCCCGACCUCGACCACAGGGUCAAGACGAGAGAACGAAUCAGCCCCUGCGAGGGGGACCAGACCCAGCGCGGAGACCCCAGCUCGCCCUCCAGCCAGCGCCUGGUGCCGUCUCUGCCCAGCCCCCAGCUGCUCUCGUCCGGCUCGUCCGCGUCCUCUGUGUCCUCUCUCUCUGGCAGUGACAUCGACUCAGACACGCCACCCUGCAGCGCGCCCAGCGUCUACCAGUUCAGUCUCCAAGCCCCGGCCCCCCUGCUCGCCAGCCUGCCGGCCGCCCUACCCAUGCCCAGCGGCAAACCUCAGGCCGCCACGUCCAGAACGCUGGUCAUGACAACCAACACGCAGACCAGGUUCACUCUUGCUGCACCGGCCCUCGGGGUGGCCCCCGUCCCUGGCAGGCAAGUGAGCGUGGAGGGGCCGCCAGCGCUGAAGGCCAUCCACCACCUGUCUGCCCCCGCCGUCGCGCCCGCUUCCCCCAACCCGCUCUCCAGCCCUCACCUGUAUCACAAGCAGCACAGUGGCAUGAAGCUGUCCGUGAAAGGUGCCCACAGCCACGGCCAGGGUGGCGGCUACGGCUCGGUGGGCAGCGGCGGAGUGCGGCCACCCGUGGGCAACCGCGGCCACCACCAGUACAGCCGCACCGGCUGGAGGAGGAAGAAACACACGCACACGCGGGACAGCCUGCCCGUCAGCCUCAGCAGAUGACGGCGCCCCAGACCAGCCCCGCACGCCCGCUGGCCCCUGCAUGUCCCCGUGUGGUGUCGCCCGCCACAGCGGCCCUGGCCCCGGAGCCUCGUCCCGCGGGCCCUCCUGGGCGCCGGCUCCACUGCCCUGGGCGGCGUGUCCAUUCCACGGAGUCGGCGCUGGCCGGCCGCCGGGCCAGGGCCGUUCUGUUACUGCCCUCGCGUUUCCUUUCAGACUUCCAAGCUGUUUUCUAUGUAAAUAUUGAAAACUUAUGAUUUGUGCAAUAACUCAGAUAUUUUUUAUUUAAUUUCAUAUUUUCACAUAAGUUAUAUUUAAGGGAUGAGGGAAUUUUUUUAAACCGCUUAUAGAUCCUUUCCCAAGUUGCAUUUUCUAAGUUGGGUUCAUCGUGUCAGCCGGUGGUCUGACGAGCACCGUGACGGACGCCACGAGUGAGGGUUUGAGUUUUACUCUUGCGUUGUUUCUUUUGGUCAGACGGAGGGCGAGGCUUUGCGGCCGCGGGGCGGAGCGGCCACCCCGGCUCCGCCAUCUGCUCUGACGCGGGGUUUCAGUCUAUCGGUUCUUUUAAACUCGACCACAAAUCCAGCAUUUCAAGUGCCAGAAGCAUCACUUUCUAAGGGGAGAAGAGGUCGCGUCCUACACCCUUACCCAAGGUGAACUCGGAAGCGCCUCGGUGGGUCUCGUGACCCCGCCUGUGAUGACGGGUCUGCUGAAUUCGUCACCGACCAUGGUACCCAGUUUUAGGAAUGUGGAGAAAGGAAUUCCGUUGAUUCCGUGGAGGAAUCUCUAGCAGUAUGCAGUCGUUCUGUUAAGAGCAAACCUCGGGCCGCCCGGCGCCCCCGAGCGGGUCUGCUGUGCGAAGCGCGCUCCGUCGGGCGCCGCGGCCGCGUUGCU